AUGUGUAAUUAUCUGUCGGUGUGGUCAAUUAAAAUCUCUCUCUCUCUCUCUCUCUCUUUCUCUCUAUCUAUCUAUCUCUAUCUUGGCUUUACUGCCUUGCAUGGGGUGAUACCGAUAUCUUCUUCUUCUUCUUCUUCUUCUUCUUUAUUUCUUUUCUUUCUUUUUUUUUUUCUUCUUUCUUUUUAUUCAUGCUUCGCCUCCAACGUCACUUCACAUUCCUUCUUUUCCCCUUUCUUGCCCCCACCGCCACUUCUCUCAUUCUGGCCAAAUUCAACGACUUUUCUUCCACCACAAUCACCACGUCAAUCUACUCUGUGUUCUCCACCCACCACCACCAUCACCAUUCUUCGUAACUCAGUGUCGAAGCGAAGGAACAUUCUAUUCCUCUAUUGUGUCUACUCUUCUGGCGCCGCCCAAUCAGACAGACAAAAUCAGUUACACCGAAAACUUCUCGUUCCACCUCCCCACCAGUUUUCAAGUCCUCCCGAGCCAACCAUCCCCGACCGGGCAUCAGAAAAGACGAAGAUAAGUCUGCGGCCAAUAGAUUUAAUUAUAUUUCUUGGCAAAAUCCGGAAUAGAACCAUAUGCAGACAUGCAAAACUCACCGAUAUCUCCGACAUGUACAAAGAAGACUUUGAUCGGCGUCUAUUUGCAUCGUUAAAACUAUCGGCAAAUCGGGCGGAAGGCAGAUGCAACCACAAACAUUUUGGAACGCAAGCGGCUUCACUGAAUUUCGAGUUUACUCGAAUAGUCUAUUCAAUCUAUUUAACUCCCUAUCCUAUCUUCUCUUCCCCACCGCACACUUCUCUCUCUCUCUCUCUCUCUCUCUCUCUCUCUCUCUCAUACACACACACACACUCUCUCUCUCCCUCCCUCUCUCUCUCUCUCAUACACACACACACUCUCUCUCCCUCCCUCUCUCUCUCUAUCAUACACACACACACUCUCUCUCUCCCUCCCUCUCUCCCUCUCUCCUUCUCUCUCUUUGCACUAUUGCCUUGUCAUCCUCAUUUGUAUCGACUUACACGCGUAAAUAUGCAUGCAGUGAAUGUUUAA